AUGUCCGCAUUCGUAAAAACACGUGAUUCCGCGCUAAAUGCUAUAAAAAGGUACAUGACCAAGAGCAACGACGAAGCAUUUGUGUUAGAUUUAGAAAAUGUCGAAAGUUAUCUGCAGUUAUUAAAUGAGCAGUGGGUACGAUUUAAGACAGCCCAAGAUGAAGUCGAGCUUUCUUGUGGUGCAGAUAACAUCGAUGUCGAACAGACCGCGCGCAUCCAGGCCGAGACCUGGUACGUUACAGCGCUAUCACAAUUUAGGCGUGUACAGAAGUGUAGAACCGAAUCAGUUGCGAAUUCUACAAAUCCGCAUCCCACUGUGUCAGCAGCAAUUAAACUACCUAAAAUGGAACUUCCAUCCUUCGCGGGCAAUUCCACUGAGUGGGUCGCCUUCUACGACGCUUUUGUUACCCUCGUAGAUUCUAACUCUUCAUUGUCAGGUGGUCAAAAGCUACACUACUUACGUAGCUGCUUAAAGGGUGAUGCGCUUAGCAUUAUCAGCGGUUUCCAAAUUUGCGAUGCCAACUAUACGGAGGCAUGGAAUCUUCUGAAGUCGCGAUAUAAAGUCAUGCGAGUUAUUGUCGAAGCGCACUUUCGGGCAAUUGCAGAGAUACGUAAAUCGACGAGCGACACUGCUGACUCCAUUAAGAACGUGUUGAAUGCAUUCCAACAACACAUAAGGGAACUUAAGGCUUUAGGGCGACCAGUGGAUUUUUGGGACGAUUGGUUAGUACAUGAAACUGUAACCAGACUCUCCUACGAAACUCGCAAACAGUGGGAGUUGUCACUCACUAGCGACGAUCCUCCUACCUUCGAAGACCUUUCGUCCUUUUUGGAAAUAAGGUGUCGCUCAUUAUCGAUGAUAUCAACGCCGGCAACCCAGUCAUGGCCAGGAAAACCGAACAAUCAAAAAUUGGUCGGAAAAUCGGCAAAGGUUUUUCAUGCCACCGCAGAUCAAUCGCGUUGUACGUAUUGUAACGCAGGUCACAGAAUUUAUUCUUGUGAAAAAUUCCGUAGUUUAGAUGCAAACGCUAGACUCAAUUUUGUGAAAGAUUUCAAGGCGUGCUUAAACUGCCUAAGUACCGGACAUUUUAAGGAACGCUGCAAUAGCGCGUCUUCCUGUCGAAUAUGUCGGCAGCGCCACCAUACAUUGCUUCAUAGUUCGCCAGAGGCAUCCACCUCUUCCCACGUCGUCGACUCACCCCGCACCGCUGCAGGUACGUUACCCGCCGCUAGCUUGCUCCCGCAAACCGCUGUCACAUCCGCCUCCGCUUGCCUUAAUUCCAAGGUUAACCCAAUGCAUAAACCACAAAACGCUGUGUUGCUAUCAACCGCCCUAGUAAAGGGUGGCCGUUGCAGAGGCGAAACGACGUUAUUCCUUUCUUCGCGACAUUCAAGUGAAUGCUACCCCAUCAAUGCAUUAAUUUUACAAAAGAUUACGGGCGAUUUGCCGUCGCAGAGUUUAAGCGUUCCUGAAUGGUCUCACAUCAAGGGACUGUUCUUAGCUGACCCGCACUUCAUGGAACCCGGCCGUGUAGACAUCUUAGUGGGCAUGGACUAUAUGGAUCGAUUCAUUUUAACUGAGCUGCGUAAAGGCCCACCUGGCACGCCAAUAAUACAGAAAACAGUCUUUGGCUGGACGUUGUGUGGAAACGUAGAUACAUCCGUUCCACCCGCAAACCAUAUACAAUCAUUACACUGUGAUGUACAUUUAGAUAGAGCAUUGGCUAGAUUGUGGGAACUUGAAGAAGCACCGCAAACACGAUAUCUUACCCACGAGGAGCGGUACUGCGAAGAACAUUUUGAAUCAACUCAUAUUAGGAAACCGGACGGACGCUUUGUAGUGGAGUUGCCACUCAAGGUCGACGUGCCAUUAGGUGAAUCAAGGAGUCUCGCCGUACGAAACUUAUUACGCAUGGAGCGCAGAUUUGCCGGUGAUCAGGAUCUGUGGACACGCUAUAACGAAUUCAUGCAGGAAUUAAUUGAAAUGGGUCAUAUGGAGGUCGUGCCUAAAACGAACUAUGCGAAAUAUUAUAUGCCACACCAUGCUGUCGUAAAGGAGUCCAGCGUUACGACAAAAUUGCGAGUUGUGUUUAACGCGUCUGCUAAAACCACAACGGGGAAUUCCCUCAACGAUGCGCUUUAUGUUGGUCCUCAAUUACAAGAAGACUUGUACUCCAUACUUUUGCGCUUUAGAAUGCACAAAUUCGCAGUAACUGCAGACGUUGCAAAAAUGUAUCGACAAAUCUGUGUUUCAGCUAAACAUGUCGACUUACAUCGAAUUGUUUGGCGCUCUAACCCAUCUCUACCUAUUACAGAUUACCGCAUGCUACGCGUAACUUAUGGAAUUGCGUCCGCCUCGCAUUUGGCUGUCAAAUCGAUGCAACAAACCGCGAAACAAUCUUCCAAUACUUUUCAGAAAGCAGUCGACGUAAUUCUUAAAGACUUUUACAUGGACGAUCUUCUCACUGGUGCGUCUAGCAAGUCGGAACUUAAAGCAUUGCAGCGAAAUGUGUCCGAUAUUCUACGGGAAGGUGGGUUCGAGUUAAGAAAAUGGGCGUCAAAUUGUACAGAGCUAAAUGAGACUAUCGCUAGAGAAUCCAAGAACAUAUCACACUACACCGUAGAUGGCAACAAUGUACAUGCUCUGGGACUAAUUUGGUAUAUGGAAGAGGACUAUUUUACAUUUUCCAUUUCUCCAGGAGAACCGCCCCACGUCUUAACUAAGAGAGCAUUUCUGGUCGAUGCCAGCAAACUUUUUGAUCCAUUGAGUUUACUUUCACCCGCAACAAUCAGGUCGAAAAUGUUGUUUCAGGACAUCUGGCGUUCCAACACUGGAUGGGACGACCCAGUACCAGAUACGAUAGGCAAGGUGUGGCUUGAUCAUCGUUCGCAAUUACAACUUUUAUCUGAACUUAAGGUCAACCGUUGGGUUGGAGUCGGGACGAUAGGCUCAUUUACUGAGUUGCACGUUUUUGCCGACGCUUCCGAGCGCGCCUAUGCCGCAGUCAUAUAUGCGCGCACUGUACAUAGGGAUGGUCACAUUACAAUCGGCUUAAUUUCAUCAAAGACUAAAGUUGCCCCGCUAAAAACAACAACGCUACCUCGCCUCGAGUUGUGUGCCGCACAUCUCGCCGCAAAAUUGGUCAAGGCCGUCAUGCAAAGUUGGAAGGAUUUUUGCUGUCCACUGGUAGCAUGGACAGAUUCCACCAUUACGUUGGCGUGGCUGCAAGCACAUCCUAAUAAAUGGGAAACAUUCGUCGCAAACCGUGUCGCCUAUAUUCACGAGGUCCUGCCUCCCGAGUGCUGGAACCAUAUACGCUCUGAAAGCAAUCCUGCGGACUGCGCAUCCAGAGGUAUAUCUCCGCUUCAACUUAUGCAUCAUGAGUUAUGGUGGUUCGGACCUGACUUCUUACGCGAAGAGGAACAGUUCUGGAAGCAGCCCGCGCAAAUAAUGCAUAAAACCGAAAUAGGCUUACGAAAGGUUAAGGCUUGUAUCGCAGCUACUGACGUUCACUGGUCGGUCAUCACAAAAUACUCAUCUUAUUCGAUUAUCGCUUAUGUAUUGAGAUUUAUACACAAUACCCGCUCUAGCUCGCUUGGAAUCAAUAACAAAAAAACGUGGUUUCCUAAUUGUCAGUAG